CACUCGGUAGCCGCGGGAGGGGACCGUGCUGCCGGAGCCCGGAGGCCGGCUGUGGGGCUUGAUGGGCGUGGGUGGGGCUCAGAGUUCCAGUUUUGAGGGUCUCUGGGGAAAUCGUUGAGGACCGGCGGCCAGAGCCCGGCCGAGCCAAGCAGACACGAUGAGGCGAGUGGUACGGCAGAGCAAGUUUCGGCAUGUAUUUGGACAAGCAGUGAAAAAUGACCAGUGCUACGAUGACAUCCGAGUUUCUCGUGUGACCUGGGAUAGUUCCUUUUGUGCUGUUAAUCCCAGAUUCGUUGCCAUAAUCGUAGAAGCGAGUGGGGGUGGAGCAUUCCUGGUGCUCCCUUUACACAAGACUGGUCGAAUUGACAAAUCCUACCCUACUGUGUGUGGUCACACAGGACCAGUGCUGGAUAUAGACUGGUGCCCGCACAACGAUCAGGUCAUUGCCAGUGGUUCAGAGGACUGCACGGUUAUGGUAUGGCAGAUCCCGGAAAACGGACUUACCCUCUCCCUGACUGAACCUGUGGUGAUUUUAGAAGGCCACUCGAAGAGAGUCGGCAUCGUGGCCUGGCAUCCGACAGCCCGCAACGUGCUCCUCAGUGCAGGCUGUGACAAUGCCAUCAUCAUCUGGAAUGUGGGGACAGGGGAAGCCCUUAUAAACUUGGACGAUAUGCAUUCAGACAUGAUCUAUAACGUGAGCUGGAACCGGAACGGCAGUCUGAUCUGCACAGCUUCCAAAGACAAGAAAGUGCGAGUGAUCGAUCCCAGGAAACAAGAGCUUGUUGCUGAGAAGGAGAAGGCCCACGAGGGAGCCAGGCCCAUGAGAGCCAUCUUCCUGGCUGACGGCAACGUCUUUACCACUGGGUUCAGUCGCAUGAGUGAGCGGCAGCUGGCACUCUGGAAUCCUAAAAACAUGCAGGAACCAAUUGCUCUUCAUGAAAUGGACACUAGCAAUGGAGUUUUGCUGCCUUUCUAUGAUCCUGACACCAGUAUCAUUUACUUAUGUGGAAAGGGAGACAGCAGUAUUCGCUACUUUGAGAUCACGGAUGAAUCCCCAUAUGUCCACUACCUCAACACAUUCAGCAGCAAGGAGCCUCAGAGAGGCAUGGGUUACAUGCCCAAGAGAGGACUCGACGUUAACAAAUGUGAAAUUGCCAGAUUCUUCAAGCUGCAUGAGAGAAAGUGUGAGCCCAUUAUCAUGACUGUUCCCAGGAAGUCUGACCUUUUCCAAGAUGACCUGUACCCAGACACGGCAGGCCCCGAGGCUGCGCUGGAGGCAGAAGAGUGGUUUGAAGGGAAGAACGCUGACCCAAUCCUCAUCUCCUUGAAGCACGGCUACAUUCCAGGCAAAAACAGGGAUCUCAAAGUGGUCAAGAAGAACAUUCUGGACAGCAAGCCCACUGCAAACAAGAAGUGUGACCUGAUCAAUGUCCCCAAGAAAACCACAGACACGACUAGUGUGCAAAACGAAGCCAAGUUGGAUGAAAUUUUAAAAGAGAUCAAAUCUAUAAAAGACACAAUCUGCAAUCAAGAUGAGCGUAUUUCCAAGUUAGAACAGCAGAUGGCGAAGAUAGCAGCCUGAAGGUCCCUCCCACCCUCCAGAACCUGGGAGUGAGAACUUGGGCUUUGGUAGCUGGUUGUUGGUGUGGUCUGAGGGAGGGUGGAGGGGGAGGCACUGCCAUUGGGAGACAUUCCAUUUCAGAGUUGUCAACCAGCAGCGAUAGGCCACAUUCCAGUAAGAACUCGAGCGACUCCCAAAUUUGCAAAAAAAAAAAAAAAAGGAGAAAAGAAAAAAAAAAGCUGAGCUUUUUAUCAGAAAGCUUUUUUUGAUGUUUUAAGUGUUAUGUGACUUGUUGAACUCUUCAAGACGAAAGUGCUACUUUUAAAAUCCCAGAUAUUCUAAAUUUUAGAAAACAAACCAAUUCCAAUUCAGUGUCAUGCCCAAGUACUUUUUUUUUAAAUGAAUAGGGACCAAUGCCACAUUGCUUUUUAUAUUUCUUUCUUUUUUUAAUGUUGCCAAAACCAAAAGUAGCUUUUUUUCUUUAUAUUUUGCUACUUUGCAGUAUUUGUGUGUGAUUUUUUUUCCUUAAUUUGAAAGGGACAGCACUGUGUAUGUUUAUAAACUAGAUGAAGAUAUUAUUUUGUAUAAACAUUCAUCUGAGAACAAUCAGAGCAGUAGCCACUGGCAGCACAAGCCUGGUCAUCUUAAUGACUGCGGAAGGAAGACUUGAAGAAUCAUGUGGACCUUCUCACUACCCUCUCAUUCUGUUGAGUCUUCUGAUCCAAAAAAGUGUACAUCGUAUCUCUUCCUUUCUUUCCUUUCUCUUUUCUAGAAAUUGGGUGGUUGUACCAGAAUGGAAUUUUGCUUCUUGAUUCUGUGCUUCAGAUGAUUAUAAUCUAACCAAACUAGCACGUGUCCCUGCAGUUUGUCACACAUAGGCUCUGUCACAUUCAUCACUCCACACCUCACUGCUCAGGCUGCGGUCCAUACUUGACAGGGGCACUCGGACCAGAGCGUGCGCAUGUUGUUGAGUGUCCCCUCUUGCCUGUCUCAGCAGCUUACCUGGCUCUUGCGACGUGCUGGGCAGGGAGCUUGGAGGCGAGCAGCCCUGGUGGCCUGCCACUGUCCUGAGCAGUGUUGGAGAAGGAGCAGCUCUCCUUACACCCACAGAACUCCUGCCCUCCCUCCUCUGUCUGCUGCAUGUCCCUCGGGGCCCAGCAGUCCUGCCCAUCUUCCUGCCCUUAGCCCUAAUCACAUUCAGCAAAAUGAGGCCAGAAGAUGCUGUUGAGUGUUGAGACUGAGGAGAAUGGCCUAGAACGAGGCAGAAGAGGGAGUGCAGGCCAGGCCGUAGCUUUCACAUGCAUGGACAUGCCUCUUCGCCCCCGCACACAAACCAGUUCUCCAGCUCACAGCUGUGUUGGGCUGCAGAGGCUUCCUGGACCCGGAGUGAGUCAGAGACCAGUGCUAGUCACCUGUUCGUUCUUAGGCUAGCUGGAACUUUGCUGCACUUCCAUGAUCUCAAUUGCAUGUUUGCAAAACCAGACUUGACGAGCCUCUGUUCUGGAAGGGCUGAGUGUGCCUGAAUGAGCCGUGGAGUGCACGGGGGCCGUGAGGAGACCUCCCUCUCGUGUGCGUGCACUGGGGUGGGUACGGGGCUGACUGGAAGCCGUGUGGCCAGGGAGCCAGGAUGAGGCAGAGUAUGGUGGCAGCCAGUUGGAAGGCCUGGCCCCACUUGGUACUGUCCCAGCAGAAAAGGUACCAUGUUCUUAACCAACAAUAUUGGGGUUGCUGUCUCCACAAUUUCAGGGCAUCUGAAUAUUGAGUUUUGUGUGUAUGUACGUAUGUAUUUUUAAUAUAGAAGUGGAUAACGAGAUGUAAAGAAAACAGUCAUCACAAGGACAUAAGUCAAACUUACAUUGUUUUUUUUUUUUUUAUCAAUGUAAUCUGCUAAAGGACCUUCAUUUCUAAGAUUCAGAAAUGUUUUAAGGUUCUGAUAUCAAAUUAAGUAAAGAAUUUUUGUGGUUGGUGGAACCCUAUAGGAAAGGUGAUUCGAAGAGAAGAGGGAGGGCAAGGGACCGUCACCCUGACCUUAGUUUGUAGCUUCUGCUUAUUUAAUGAAUGGAUGCCCAUCCAGGCCCAAGGAGUGCCUGAAGCAUUGUGGAUUAUUUUCCCUGUUUUGUCGUCUUCUUCUUUUUUUAAAAAAUGCCAUGACAUCCCAGAGGAGGACAGUGAAUUACUCCUAGAUCGGCUCUUAUAGAGCACCAUAGUGUUCUGUCAAAACACUUGCUUCCAUUUUCAAAGAUAAAAGUCAUUGAUUACAAA